UCACAAGCCGUCGCAGUCAGUCUGUGUGCGACUCCCUUGAACAGACGUCUCUUUGCAGGGAUGGGGAAAGACAUCGGCAACGGCGAACUGCAAACAUUGGAGGAGAGGACUGGAAUCCAUGAAUGCAGUACAAAAACAAAGGCUUCUCCAGCAUUCGAAGAGGUCCUGGACGCUAUUGGGUCCCGGGGGAAGUUCCAGACGAGGCUGAACAUCGUCUUCGUUUGCUUUGCCUCAUGCUUCGAUCUGAUGAGUGUCAACAUGUUCUACCUGGCUAUGCAGACUCCUGAUCACUGGUGCUACGUCCCUGGCAGGGAGCUUUCCAACCUUUCAGUUGAGCAGUGGAAGAACCUCACCAUACCGAGGGAAGGAGCCUCGUUCAGCAAGUGCCUGAUGUACAACCGGAGUGAUGUGACUGACUUCGGCGGCAGCAGGGAACCUGUGAAGUGCCAGCACGGUUGGGAGUAUGACGACACGUGGUUCUCCCUGACGGUGACGUCACAGAUGAACUGGGUCUGCGACAACCGGCAGGCCGUCAAUGACGUCUUCUUCUACUCACAGAUUAUUGGAGUGGCCCUGGGGUUACUGUUUGGCUACAUUGGCGACAUGUACGGCCGACGCCCCCAGCAGCUGCUGUGCCUGUCAGCCCACGUGCUCAGCAGACUGCUGGUCGUCCUCGCUCCACACGUGCUGCCCCUCUUCAUCCUGGCAGCAUCCCUCGUGUCAGCCGCAAAUGGGCCCAUGGUGGAAUCGGUCUUGUCUGUUGGCUUGGAGCUGACUGACAUCAAGCACCGCACUGCAAUCAACUGCUACGCAUCCUGCAGCAUGGCCGCUGGAGUGAUGCUUGCUGGUCUGGUGUCUUGGGCGCUGCCCAAUUGGAACUAUUCCCUCUCGUUUGCCGCCCUCAGUUGUUUUGCGCUGUUCUUCUUCUUCAGUUGGUUCCCCGAGUCUCCACGCUGGCUGGCGUGCAGGGGUCGCGAGCAGGAGGCGCUGGCCGUUGUGCGUCGCAUAGCAGCCACCAACGGCUCCACGGUGCCCCCGUUCGCCCUGCAGGUGAUCCAGACCGUGGGCAAGAGCAAGACAGACAGGAGGGGCUUCCUCGGCAUCUUCUCCAGCUUUAACCUCGUCAGGAACACAACACUCCUCAUCAUUGCCAGGUCAGUGCACCUGCUGGCUAUCUACUCACUGGUGAUAGCCGUGAGCCGACUGAGCGUGAACCCUUUCCUGGGGAUAGUGGCGCAGGGGGCGGCCAAGCUGCCUGCCCACUUCAUGGUGAACUACUUUGCGGCGAGGUUCGGUCGCCGUUGGCCCAGUGUAGGGAGUGCACUGUUGGCUGCACUGGCCAGUCUCCUCAUCUUCUGCUUGCUGACUGUGUAUUAG